UUCUUGCUGGAGGGUCGUGGAAGCAUCCUGGACCCUGUCAAGCUAGGCCUGAGUGGAGGAGGGGCUGGCAGCAUUCUUUACGGCAUUGACAGCAUGCCAGAUUUACGGCGGAAGCGGACCGUGCCUAUCGUCAGGGACCUGGCUUUGACUUUGGCUGCUCGAAAGGCAGGCAUUUCGUUUGCGCUCGUGACCAGAUCCACCCUGAACAACGAGGAUCUAAAACUGCAGGUCUUAAGGAAGACACUACAGGCUUUGAUCUAUCCCAUCUCUUCCACUACACCCCAUAAUUUUGAAGUCUGGACGGCGACGGCCCCAACAUACUGCCACGAGUGUGAGGGGCUGCUGUGGGGCAUCGCACGGCAGGGAAUGCGCUGCACAGAGUGUGGGGUCAAAUGUCACGAGAAGUGCCAGGACCUGCUGAACGCAGACUGCCUCCAGCGUGCAGUCGAGAAGAGCUCCAAGCAUGGCGCAGAGGACAAGACCCAGAACAUCAUCAUGGCCAUGAAGGAGAGGAUGAAGAUCCGGGAAAAGAACCGUCCAGAGGUUUUCGAGGUCAUCCAGGACAUGUUUCAGCUCUCCAAGGAGGACUUUUCCACCCACCUGAAGAGCGCCAAGCAAGCCGUGCUGGAAGGAACGUCCAAAUGGUCAGCCAAGAUCGCCAUCACCGUUGUUUGCGCCCAAGGCCUACAGGCCAAGGACAAAACAGGCUCCAGUGACCCCUACGUCACUGUCCAAGUGGGCAAGACCAAACGGAGGACGAAAACCAUCUUCGGCAACCUCAACCCUGUCUGGGAUGAAAAGUUUUUCUUUGAAUGCCACAAUGCCACUGACCGCAUAAAAGUGCGUGUGUGGGAUGAGGAUGAUGACAUCAAGUCUCGUGUGAAGCAGCACUUCAAGAAAGAGUCUGACGACUUCCUGGGCCAGACCAUCAUUGAGGUCCGGAUGUUGAGCGGAGAAAUGGAUGUUUGGUACAACCUCGAGAAACGGACAGAUAAGUCUAUGGUAUCUGGGGCCAUCAGGCUGAAGAUCAGUGUGGAGAUGAAGGGAGAGGAGAAAGUGGCUCCACCCCAUGGCCAGUACACAUGUUUACAUGAGAACCUGUUCCACUACCUGACGGAGGUGAAGAACAACGGAGCUGUGAAGAUUCCUGAGGUCAAAGGUGAUGAGGCGUGGAAGGUUUACUUUGAUGACGUUUCUCAGGAGAUAGUGGACGAGUUUGCCAUGCGGUUCGGCGUGGAGUCCAUCUACCAGGCCAUGACUCAUUUCUCCUGCCUUUCAUCUAAGUACAUGUGUCCUGGUGUCCCGGCUGUAAUGAGUAACCUGCUGGCCAACAUCAACGCCUACUUCGCCCACACCACCACCGCCACCACCAACAUCUCCGCUUCAGACAGAUUCGCUGCUUCAAACUUUGGGAGAGAGAAGUUUGUGAAACUCCUAGAUCAGCUGCACAACUCCCUGAGGAUCGAUCUGUCCAAGUAUCGGGACAAUUUCCCUGCCGGAAACCCGGAGAGACUCCAGGACCUGAAAUCCACGGUGGACCUUCUGACCAGCAUCACCUUCUUCAGGAUGAAGGUGCAGGAGCUGCAGAGCCCCCCCAGAGCGAGUCUGGUGGUGAAGGACUGCGUCAGAGCCUGCCUCGACUCCACUUACAAAUACAUCUUCGACAACUGCCAUGAGCUCUACAACCAGCUACUGGACCAGUCGAAGAAGCAGGAUUUGCCUCGUGAAGAACAGGGUCCCUCCAUAAAGAAUCUGGAUUUCUGGCCCAAGCUCAUCACGCUGAUGGUGUCGGUGAUUGAUGAGGACCGAACGGCAUACACACCCGUCCUUAACCAGUUCCCUCAGGAGCUGAACAUGGGGAAGAUUAGUUCUGAAAUCAUGUGGAACCUGUUCGCCAUGGACAUGAAAUACGCCAUGGAGGAACAUGAGAAACAGCGUCUAUGCAAGAGCACGGAGUACAUGAAUCUGCACUUCAAAGUCAAAUGGUUCUACAACGAGUAUGUGAGAGACCUGCCGGCCUUCAAGGGGACUCCACCAGAAUAUUCACUGUGGUUUGAGCCUUUCGUCAUCCAGUGGUUGGAUGAGAAUGAAGACGUCGCCAUGGAUUUCCUCAACGGAGCUUUGGAGAGAGACAAGAAAGACGGGUUCCAGCAGACAUCUGAGCAUGCUCUGUUCUCCUGCUCGGUGGUGGACGUGUUCACGCAGCUGAAUCAGAGUUUUGAGAUCAUUAAGAAGCUGGAGUGUCCAAACCCACAGGCUCUCGCUCACUUCAUGUGCAGGUUUGCUAAGACCAUCAACAAAGUUCUCCUGCAGUACGCUGCCAUCAUCUCCAAAGACUUCAGCUCCCACCUCAGCAAAGAGAAAGUGCCCUGCAUCCUCUUGAACAACAUCCAACAGCUUCGGGUUCAGCUGGAGAAGAUGUUUGAGUCGAUGGGAGGAAAGCAGCUGGAUGCUGAGGCCAGCGAUCUGCUGAAAGAGCUUCAGAAUAAACUCAACGCAGUGCUGGAUGACCUCAGCAGGGUGUUUGGAUCCAGCUUCAAGCCAGUUAUUGAGGACUGUGUAAAGCAGAUGAAUCAGGAGCUGUUACAGAUGAAGGGGAAUGCUGGGAACAAAAGCAACGCCGCCAUGGACGCCGAGACCGUCCUGCGACCACUUAUGGACCUGCUGGAUAAGAAUCUGAUUCUGUUUGCCAAGAUCUGUGAGAAGACGGUGCUGAAGCGGGUUCUGAAGGAGCUGUGGAAAAUCGUGCUCAACACCAUUGAGAGGCAGAUUGUCUUGCCUCCUCUAACAGACCAGACGCAAGGAGCUCAGAUGAUUUUCAGCGCUGCCAAGGACCUGGGACAGCUCUCCAAGCUGAAGGAACAUGUGAUUCGGGAGGAGGCUCGCAGCCUGACGCCACGCCAGUGUGCAGCAAUGGACUUGGUGCUUCCCACCAUCAAGCAAUAUUUCCAUGCGGGAGGAAACGGCCUGAAGAAAACCUUCCUGGAGAAGAGUCCUGACCUGAAGUCCCUGAAGUACGCGCUCAGCCUUUACACCCAACCCACAGAUGCCUUGAUCAAGAAAUAUAUAUGCACCCAGGCCUCUCAAGGUCAGUCGACGGCCAGCUCGGUGGGGGAGCUGCAGAUGCAGGUGGAUCUCAUCUCUCACCCAGGCACCGGCGAACACAAAGUCAGCGUGAAGGUGGUGGGCGUGAACAACAUCAACUGGCAGACGAACGCCAUGUUCCGGCCUUUUGUGGAGGUCAACGCUGUCGGACCACACCUCAGCGACAAGAAACGCAAAUUCAGCACCAAAACCAAGAACAACAACUGGUCACCCAAAUACAAUGAAACAUUCCAGUACAUCCUGAGUAACGAACACGGGCCGGAGGCCUACGAGCUGCACGUGUCGGUGAAGGACUACUGUUUCGCCCGCGAGGACCGAAUCAUCGGCAUGACCGUGCUCCAGCUCCGAGAACUGACCGACAAGGUCAGCCUGAACGCCUCGUACCCUCUCGUCCGCAGCGUCACCAUGGACGAAACGGGCCUGACCAUCUUGAGAAUACUCUCACAAAGGACCAAUGACGAGGUGGCCAAGGAGUUCGUACGCCUCAAAUCAGACACGCGGUCGGCCGAGGAGGUGUCGUAAGAAAAAAGAAAAAAAGAGCAAAAAGAGAAGAGCAAAAAAAAAGCGAGAAGGGAACCAAAUCAGAGAGGAUAUCCCAACAGCGCAAGAGCGUCGUGUUGUUUGUUUCUGUGCAUGUGCGUAAAACAUCUGUUGGAAUGUUCAUUUUAAAACUAAAACGUACGUACUAAAAGUGUUUACCUACUGUAUGCUCACUAUUAAGUAAUAUAUUCUACAGUUACGUUAAGGAGACAUUGAAUACUUUUUUGUAUGACGAUUAGUCUUUUUGAACAGGUAUUUGUUCAGAUAAAGUGCCAAACCCAACGAGAAAAAAAGAACGAUUAAAACGAAAUCAUAACAAUUAUUGGUGAACUUGGUGAUCUUUUAAAUUUGCUCGACUCUUUUGUCCUUGUGUGGAUGUGUGUAUGUGUGUGUCAUUCUCUCUAAGUGUGUAGCAUUUAUUUCUCUUUUUUUUGUUUGUUGUUUCGUUUGCUGACUUGUUCUUUUCGUUCUUUUCAUCCUGCUUUUCCUUCUCUCUCUCUCUCUCUCUCUCCGUCUCCGACAGCGCCGCUGGUUGUGCAUGUUGCUUUAUUUCGUUCUCAAUCAUGUCUCUCCCAUGUAUUCUCACUAAAGUGGUCCUGGAGCCUCGGGCCCCUCGACCUCUCAGACUCUUUGUAUUUUGUGCCGACUUUAAAACGAGACCAUGUUUUUUUAAACGGCGAUGACUGCUAUGUAACUCUUCAUAGGUGUUUGUAAUUUUAUAGCCAUUGACGACAAUGAGGACCGCCUUCAGUGCUAACCAGAGCAGGCAGGAUGGGGUGGAGCGUUUUGUUUUUCUUCAUUUCGUUUCGGGCUUUUUUCCGUUCGGUUUUGAUCAUAGGCUUCCAGCCUUUCAGAAUUAUCACUGUGAACAUGCGCUUCGAAAGGCAAUCUCACACAUUUCAUUGCCGUGAGUCUGACAUUGUCUUUUCAUUUUCUCAGAUAACUUUUGUUUCUGACAAACUGCCAAAGUUAUAUUUAAAGAAAAAAAAUGUUUGUACAAAAGCAAUUCAUCACCUGUAUAAAAAAAUAAGUAUAUGCUGUGUACAUGUGCGAUAUUGAUUUUUUCUUUCUUUUAGGCGAUGCUAUGUCUGAUUGUCAACGGGGUGAUUCUGAAAUGUUUAUUUGGGAAUUAUUUCUGUGGAGCUGUUUAAUCGGACGUGGAAGUUGUAAAUGUUGGUUUAUAUUUGAGUCAUUUCAACCUCCAUUAUUUGGUUUAUUUUUCUUUACAAAGGAAAGAGUUUAACAUUUGGUAAUUAUGCAACAUUCCUAUGUAUUGCACUGAUGGCGAACUGUAUGUCAUGUAAAUAUAUUUAGUGAGAAAUUGUAA